AUGGGAGUCCUGAAGGACCGCUUUGACCAGCAGUCAUCGAUUGUCCUCCCUCAAGCCCAAUUUGACUGGCUUCACCUGAGGUUUCAGGACUAUAAGUCAGUUAUUGACUACAACUCGGCCCUUCAUAAGAUAGUCUCGCAACUAAAGCUCUGCAAACAAGAAGUUUCAGAGACAGACUUAAUUGAAAAGACUCUGUCUACCUUUCAUGCGAGUAACCUUGUACUCCAGCAGCAGUACAGGGCAAAGAAUUAUGAAAAGCAUUCUGAUUUGAUAUCUGCACUUCUUGUGGCCGAGAAGCACAACCAGUUGUUGAUGAAAAACCAUAAUGCACGACCUGCUGGGUCUGCCCCCGCGCCUAAAGCACAUCAUACUGCCCAGGGAAGCAAUUCUAGAAGGGGUCGAGGAAAGGGUCGUGGUAGAGGUCACGGUCGAAACAAUCGAAGUGGUAAAGGCAAAGGCAACAAUGACUCCCGGGCCCAAGAUAAGAAACAAAGUGAUCAAGGUUCAUCAAGGUCACAAACAUGUUAUCGGUGUGGAUGUACGGGACACUGGUCUCGUACAUGUCGUACACCAAAGCAUCUGGUUGAAGCUUACAAAAUGACGCAAAAGAAAAAUGAUAAGCAACCGUCAAGAAAGGAAUCUCAUCACACCAACACUGAUUUGCCUGAAGCAAAUGCAGUGAUGAAUGAUGAUGAUGAUCUUUUAAAAUAUGAGCUUGAAGACUUUGGUGAUCAAGAAUGA